AUGUCUUCACCAACUGCGGACGUCUUCCGAUGUGGGUUGCAAAUUUAUCAGCUGUCCCCAGAUUCAAAGCGGCUUGGGUCUUACACGGAGGACAGAACAUAUGAUAGUUUGGAUGGGUAAGAGUCCAUGUUAGAGAUGAUUACUGUAAUAUCUGAUAAUCAAUUUAAAUGUCAUGUUUUAAAAUGAAUUUUUCAGAUUUGCAGGGACCAACUAGGUCAUUAUAAAUAAAAAACAUGAUCAGAAAUAUAGGCUGUUAUUUUCUUGUUCAAGUGUAGCAUGUGUAUUCAAGACGUCGUCCGCGCUUUACUCAAUGUCAAAAUACACGUAAUGUUUAUAUCAACUUAUGAAUGUUUAUCAAUGGUUCUGCAGGAGCUCCACAGAGUUGACUGAUGUGUUUGAAGAAGAGGAUUGUAUUCAGGAUGAAGGCUGGAGUACCCCUGUUGCAGACCUGAAACAGAAAAUUGCAGCUCGGCUAGAAAACUAUCUUACCAAUGAGAGCCUGUCUGAAGAUGCCUUUUUACUGAAACAUGUUCAGAGGAACAAGAUGGGCUAUGUCAGUGUGAAGUUACUAACUUCAUUCAAAAAGGUAGGAUUUAUAGAUGACUUUGUUAUUGAAAUCUACCCUGCUCACAGCUUUGGCCUUCACUGACAUGUAUUUUGGUAACAAGUAUAACCAUUAAACUACUAACCUAAACAUUCUGUGUCGUAGAUCAGGGAGCUCACACGUGACUGGCGAACCACUCUGGCUGCGGCUCGCACCACGCAGCAGCUGGAAGUCAACGAGGAGGGAACCAAGGUGCGACGGAGGGACCCAGUGCCCGACUGGCUACUGUGUGUCCCCACCAGCAAGCUGCUGCUGGCCUGGAAUCUCCUGGGAGGAGAGGACAACGAUGAGGAGCGCGUAGCCCCGGGGGUGGAGCACCAGGGCCUGAUGGAGACAGCCAUGAGACUAUUUGGCUGCCACGGCACCAUCACUUCCCUCCGUAUCCUGCGCCCAGGAAAGGAGAUCCCUGCCGAGCUCAAGAGGUAUGCCAAGAAGCACAUGGAGCUGGGGCGUAAGGUGUGUGCCGUGGUGGAGUAUGAGUACCUGGAGGGGGCACGGAGGGCCUAUGAGGCCCUGCAGGCUGAGGAGCAGCUGCAGGGGAACAGGGCGGUACGUGUGGUGCUCCUAGGCAGCAGGGGCACCAGGAAGCCAAGGAGCAGCCAGGACCGCACAGAGGAAGAGUCUGAGGACGGCAUCGAGAGUGUGUGCUCGAGGAAGCCCAACCGCAAGGGCAGGCGCUACCCGGGCUACUCCCUGGAGGACUCUGCCCUCUACAGCUCGUCGGAGUCUGACUUCGCCCCAGCCUCGCCCAGGCCCAACCGCAGGGUCACACGGCCUCAGGCUCUGUACGGCAGCCCCCUGGCCAUCCCCCGGGUGUCCUCCUUCCGCUCAGACCCCUACAAGAACCCAGUGUGUAGCCCUGUGGGGAGCCCCCUCCUGCCCCGCAAGCUGUUCCCCAGUGGCCACACUCCAUCCCCGCUGGCUGCCCCAGAGAUCAGCAGCAGCAGCCCUGUAUCCAGUGGCAAUGGAAGCUUUGGCAGCAGGAGCAAGUGCUCUGGGGACUAUUCCCAGGAAAGUUUGGGCUUUGUGGGGAGCCCCUGGGUCCAGCGUCGAAAGACUGCCGCCCAGGCCUUUUUUCCUGACAAAGGUGGGCCCCUCUCGCCUGGCCUCCCCAAGAGGCCACUGGGCGUGGUGGAGGUGUUGCGCCAGCCGCUUGGCCCUGACGGCACUAAAGGCUUCUACAACUGCAUUGGCAGGGGGAAGCUGGUACUGCAGCAAUUAUAA